UAAUGCAAAUUUAACUUAUUUUAAGAUAUUUGGAGGAAUAAUGAAGACAAACAGUAGUUCCAGUAAACACGCGACGGUCUGCUGCUGCUGCUGCUGCUUUGCUUCUCUACUAAAAUGGCAGGAAUAAAGAAGAAGAAGGGAGAAGCAGGAGAGGUUAAAAAGUACAUAACUAGAAAUGCAGCUGUCAAGAAGUUACAGCUUUCCCUCCGAGAUUUUCGGCGAAUAUGUAUCCUUAAAGGAAUAUAUCCUCGUGAGCCUCGCCAUAGGAAAAGAGUACAGAAAGGAGACUCCAAAAUCAAGACACUUUACUUCUUAAAAGAUAUUCAAUUUCUUCUUCAUGAACCAAUCAUCUGGAAUUUCAGAGAGCACAGGGCUUUUAUGAGAAAAAUGAGGAAGGCAUGGUCUCGAAAUGAUAAACAAAAGUCAAGAAAGCUCUGUACCCAGAAGCCUUUUUACAAGCUAGAUCACAUUGUACGAGAGCGUUACCCUACCUUUGUUAAUGCACUGCGAGAUUUGGAUGACCCCCUGACUCUUUGCUUUCUCUUCUCUAAGUUACCAGCAAUACAUCGAACACCGCUUGCUACGAUUGAAAUGUGUCGCAGGUUAACCAUAGAAUUUAUGCAUUAUGUUAUUGAAGCCAAUGCACUUAGGAAGGUGUUCAUUUCCAUAAAAGGUUACUACUAUCAAGUAGAAAUAAUGGGUCAGCUAAUCACCUGGAUUGCACCACAUCCUUUCGCUCCUCGGGUAAGACUUGGGCUAUUGUUUAAGAACCUGUACCUCCAGUCAUCCCAGACUCAUGUCUCUGGUAACAUAGUCCCUACAUCUAUGCUUCGUGGGGGCGCGCCUGACGAUCGCCUGGCCCCCCCGGUGUGCACCCGCUUCCAAUUCGAGCUAAUCUUGUGCCCACAUGCUCGCCGUACCUCUAUAUACCGGAACUCUGUCCUCAUUCGCAUGCUCGCUGCCGCAGUUUCAUUCCACCCCACACGCAGUGCAGAACGCCGCCCCAGCAAAUCAGGUUUGCGUUGUCGGGAUUUCCACCGCAAUCUAGUGGCAUACUCACAGCUGUCGCCUACUCUCGCGCGAUCACGGCGCCAGAGGCUGCACUCGACUUCUGACAAAAAAGACCCUUACGCUCCUGAUACUCAAUACAAGCACAGAGACCUGCGCCUCUUUAUUACGGACCUAACAGAAAUUCUACAGAAACAUGCUGGGGUUUGUGAAUUCCGCUUUAUCACAGUUCUGUAUAUCCACUACCACCACGCUAAAGACAUGGUGAAAAGUAAAGGGAAGAAAAACAGGAAUGAAAUCAUAUCAGAACAUGUAGCAUCAUUAAAUGCACCACUGCUGAGAAACAAGGUAGAUGAUGAUGAUGAAGAGGAUGGCAUUGACACUCACCUUUUGGAUGAGGAUACAGAUCAGCUGCAGGCAGCAAGAGAGGAGGCAUUAAAGAAGAAAAAGCAGCAGUGUCUGUUCAAGGGUCUGAAGUUCUUCUUAAAUCGUGAAACAAACCUGGAGUCUCUUACUUUUGUCAUCAGAGCAUGCCAGGGACAAGUUUCCUGGGAUGAAAGUACUGCUGAAGGAAGUACGUACCCUGUGACAGAUGAAUCAAUUACACAUGAGAUUGUGGAUAGACCACAGAAGACACAAAAAUAUUUAUCAAGGUAUUAUAUUCAGCCACAGUGGGUAUAUGACUGCAUCAAUGCUCGUAUACUUCUCCCAGUGCAAGAGUAUUUUCCUGGGGUAACUCUUCCUGCACAUCUGUCACCAUUUACCUUAGAAACAGCAACAACAACAGCAUUGUAUGUCCCACCAGAAAAAAAGAAACUUGAGGCUCUACAGAAAGGAGACUUGCCUCUAGACCAGUUACAGGAUGUGGAAGAUAGUGAAGAUGAAGACAGCGAAGAUGAAGAAAUUAAGGAAAGUGAGACAACAGUGGAAGAAAAUAAAGACAAAAAAUGUGAUGUGGAACUAGAAGAAAUUGAAGAAGUAAAAGAAGCAGUGCAGAAUCCUAGUAUAGAAAAAAUGGCUGUUCAUGAAGGUUCUGAAGUCAUAGUUAAAAAAUCUGAAAAAAAUAGGCGAGAGAAAGAAGAGACAAGGUUGUCUGUUAUGAUGAUUCCAAGAAAACAGAAGAGACUGUAUCGCAUCCUUAGAACGAAAGAGAGAAAAGAGGCCGAGAAGGUAGUGCGACUGACAAACAAGAGGAAAAUUAUUGAUGAAAAAGAAAAGCAAAAGAAGAAGAAAAGCAGAACAAUAGAGAAUAGUCAGAAAAGAUCAGUAGUUAAAAUAUAGAGCAAGGUGAUUGUCAUAAGUAUGAUAGCUUAUUUUAGAACUCUGUAAAUGUAUCUUUUAUUAGAUAUCAUUACAUAGUAAUAUGCUGUUGAAGACUAGUUAUUUGGUACAUUAUAUACAUUUGCAAAUUUUUGAAAUGUUAACAUUAAAAUGUAAUAAAUAUAUUCUUUCCAUUAAAUUUA